AUGCACACAGUAAGAUUACAUUGCGAUAUUCACCAGACAGGACAAAAAGUUUAUAUAUCAGCAGAGUUUUCAAAUGGGAGGCUGAUAUUCAAAUGGACCAAUGUUUCGACAAUUCGUAAUGAGAUAAUCAUUACUAAGGAUUCUCAAUCCAGUCUAUGGAUGUCGGUUUAUGAUGACCAGUAUACAGUGGAGGAUGUUAUGCAAUAUAAGUCUGUAACGAUUAGGGUACGGGAAUAUAAGAGCGCAAACCCUGCCAAAGGUCAUAAUGACUACAAGAAGACUUACAACGCAACUGACAGGCAUGUAUACCACACCCGACCUUUGAAUUCUACAAACAUACUGAUUGAGGUGAAAAAUAUAACAGUGGAAGAUGCUGGAUAUUACGUAGGGGGUCAAAUAAAGGCAGAAGCUUUGUCAGGAGAAGGUGGAGUCGUUCUCAUUGUUUCUGGAAAGCCAAUGAAACCAAUUAUAAAAGGAAAACUUAAUGUCAAGGCGGGAGACAACGCCUUCUUGAAUUGUGAAAGUAAAUCUACGUCUGCUCCAUACUAUUACAAGAAAUUUCCACAGUUAUCAUAUUCAUGGUUUGUCAACAACACCAAGCUAGAAAGAGAAAAUAGAGAGACCUACAGCUUUAAUGUCACCAAAGAUAUUAAAUACAACCGAUAUAGCUGUCAGGCAAAAGAAACUCUUGAAUCAGAAAAAAGUGAGGACAUUUGGAUGAAUCCUUUAUUCAACACAAUAAAAUCUGAGGAGGGAGAAUCAAGAAACAUUUCAUGGACUGCUACAUAUUUUCCGCGAACUGGACUUUACUUUAUAUUUCAUGUAUAUAACGAUUCAGUAUCAGAAAUAAUAAAGAUAGACAAUGCUAUUCUGCCAUCAACUGAAAAGUAUGUAUUCCACACCCGACCAUAUAAUUCUACUAAUAUACUAUUUGAGGUGAGAAACAUAACAGUGGAAGAUGCCGGAUAUUACGUAGGAAAUCCUACAAAAGAAAAUGCUUGGUCUGGAGAAAGUGGAGUUGUUCUCACUGUUUCUGGAAAACCCGUGCAACCCAUCAUAAGAGGAGACCGAAACGUUAGCCUAAGAUAUCCCACAUACUUGAAAUGUGAAAGUAGAUCAACCUCUGCUCCUGAAUAUUACAUGAAAUUCCCAUCACUUUCAUAUUCAUGGUUUGUCAACGGCACCACCAAACUUGAACAUGAGAUCAGUGAGAUUUACAGAUUUAACGUCUCCAAAGACGUCAAAUACAACCGAUACAGCUGUCAGGCGAAAGAAACUCUUCAAUCAGUCAGAAGUAAAGAAAUUAGGAUAUAUCCUUUAUAUGGUCCGGAAAUUGUUAAAAUAACACCACUUCGUCCUACUGAUGACGGAGGUAGACUAAAAAUAAAGGAAGGCGAUACAUUUGGUCCGUACAACUGUUCAGCAGACUGUAAUCCACCUUGUACCUUACAAUGGAAAUAUAAGAAUACAUCAGGCCAUUUUGUAGAUGCACCACGCUCUGAUUUUUCAUCAACAACUUUAUUGGAACAAAAAGCUAACAGAAGCAAAAUGACCCAGAUUCAAUGUAUAGCAAAGAACAGUGAAGGACGUAAUGAACAGAACAUCGUAUUAAACAUACUGUAUAUUUUGAAACCAAAAAUCCUACUAAAUGGUAGCAGUGAUAAUAGGCUUAACAUCACAGAAGGUGAAUAUCUCCACAUAUCGUGUUAUGUGGAUGGCAAUCCCAUCCCUACAAUCAAUCUCACCAGAUCUUUACAUGACAAAAUCCUUGGAGCCAAAAACAAGCACUGGCGGAAUCACACAAUACUAAACACUAAUUGUUCUGACACGGACACCUACACAUGUACUGGAAAAUCAUCUCAACUUGGGAACGUAUCUACGGAAUUUACUUUGAAUGUCCACUGUAAGUUCUCCAAGUCUUUGUAA